GUUGAACGUUGCGCAUGCGCGUUAUAAUUCUUCUGUAGAGGGAGACAUGGCGACGUCCCUGAUCUGUAGCCGUCUGACGGCUAGCCUGAGAAACUCAGGGGCCAGAAACACUCUCAGCUCCGCCUCAAAGGUUCUGGGUGGUUCUUCCGGUCUUCUCGGAGGCCAUGUGUCCCAGCUGCAGACCCCUCACCUGCAGCAGCAGCAGAGGAACCUCUCCCUGCACGAGUACAUGAGCCUCGGGCUGCUGAAGGAUGCCGGCAUCUCGGUCCCUGACGGCAUGGUGGCCAGCUCCUCUGAUGAGGCAUACAGCGUGGCCAAGCAGAUCGGCACAAAGGACCUGGUGGUGAAAGCUCAGGUGCUGGCCGGCGGCAGAGGGAAGGGAACGUUUGAGGGCGGCCUGAAGGGAGGAGUUAGGAUCGUCUACUCACCAGAAGAGGCUCGAGACAUCUCCUCUCAGAUGAUUGGUCGAAAGCUCUACACCAAGCAGACCGGGGAGGCGGGUCGUAUCUGCAACCAGGUGUUCAUCUGUGAGCGCAGGUAUCCUCGCAGAGAGUACUACUUCGCCAUCACCAUGGAGAGGUCCUUCCAGGGUCCCGUGCUGAUCGGCAGCUCCCAGGGGGGCGUGAACAUCGAGGAUGUUGCGGCGGAAAACCCGGACGCCAUCGUGAAGGAACCCAUCGACAUCGUGGAGGGGAUAAAGAUGGAGCAGGCUGUCAGGCUGGCGACAAAGAUGGGUUUCCCUCCGGCUCUGAUCAACGAGGCCGCAGAGAACAUGAUCAAAAUUUACAACAUGUUCAUCAAAUACGAUGCCUCCAUGGUCGAGAUCAACCCUAUGGUGGAGGACUCGUCUGGGAUCGUGAUGUGCAUGGAUGCCAAGAUCAACUUUGACUCCAACGCAGAGUACCGGCAAAAGAAGGUGUUCGAUAUGCAGGACUGGACCCAGGAGGACCCCAGAGACCGGCAGGCUGCCAAGGCCGACCUCAACUACAUCGGGCUGGACGGGACCAUCGGCUGUCUGGUUAACGGAGCCGGUCUGGCCAUGGCCACCAUGGACAUCAUCAAGCUGCAUGGCGGCACGCCUGCCAACUUCCUGGAUGUAGGAGGCGGAGCCACAGCUCACCAGGUGACAGAGGCCUUCAAACUCAUCACCUCUGACAGGAAGGUUCAGGCCAUCCUGGUCAACAUCUUCGGCGGCAUCAUGAGGUGUGAUGUCAUCGCCCAGGGCAUCAUCAUGGCAGUGAGAGACCUGGACCUCAAGAUCCCCAUUGUAGUACGGUUACAAGGAACGAGAGUGGACGACGCCAAAGCUCUGAUUGCCGCCAGCCCGCUGAAGAUCCUGGCCUGUGACGACCUAGACGAAGCCGCCAAAAUGGUUGUAAAGCUUUCUGAGAUCGUCUCUCUGGCUAAAGAAGCUCAGGUGGACAUCACCUUCCAGCUGCCCAUCUAAACACACCUCCAGUCUGGACCUACUCCCCAGCUCCGUCACAGUGGUCCACCACUCCACCCCCCUACAGACUGCAAGACCCUCCUCUCCCUCUCUCUCUCUCUCACCUGAGCGGAGACACCUGGGAGAGCGUUAGUUUCUUUUCUUCCUCUGUGGCAUGAUGGUACGAGCGCACACAGGCGUCCAAUCACAGCGCAGGGUUUCACUUCUCUCCCGUCUCUAACCUCAAAACGACAAACUCAUGAUGCACUUGAGUCGAUACGCACAAACCUCCACCUUUACCCCUCCUCCCUCUUUUAUCUCCUUCUGGGAGAGCUUCCUCUGCCCCGUUAGGACGAGCUGAAGUGUUUCAAAGUGUUCAGAGGGAUCCUGGGGGGGCGGGCUGCAGAGCGGAGCUGUUACAUGUAAAAAGUCAGAGCAGCGUCAUGAUUAAGGACUCUUCCUCUCUCUCACAGUUUUCAUGCAUGUCUUUUCAAUGUGUUGUCUCAAACAGAAUAAAGAGCAGAUCUAAUCCUCGAUGCCGAGCGUUGAAGUAUUUCAUCAAACAGGAAACAACUUGCAGCGAGAGAGGAUGUGUUUCAGCGAGCUCUCUCUGCAGCUCAUGAAGCAAUACGAUUUCUCCGUUUGUCCUCCAGAAAAGUGUUAACCAAACUCUCCCUUCAGGUCGUACAUCACAUCUCCUCCUCUCCUUUAGAGUUAGCAUUGUGCAUGUUGAUGUUAGCAUUUAGCACAGAGCCGCCAGCGUGAUUGUUUGCGUCAGAUUGAACAUGUUAUUCCUCGUUUGUGUUGCACAUAGAUCGAAGAAUGUUUACAGCUUCUGUGGUUCUUAAGGUUCUUUUAACACACGUCCUAAAAAUUGUACAUUUUUGGAGUGUGUGUGAACGCAAACGGACAACAUUUACACCCAGACUUGAUCUGGACUUUUCCUGUGAGACCUCCAGGAAAAUUUCAAGAGCUGAUGUGAGAACCUUGUCAUCUCCAGCCUCUCGCUUGCAUGAUGACAUUUAUAUCGUGGCCACUACAAUCCUGGAAGAGCGACACGUAACAGGAUGCACAAAUCUGUGAGGUUGCAGGAGAAUCAUUUCAAGAAGAUGCACCUCUUUGCACGUUGCAUUGAUAGAAACGUAAAAACCGUUAGAGUCGGUCUCGCUUCCUCUCGAUGUCAUAUCCUGCCUCCAGGAUUCGUCUCCUUCUUGUUGUGACGUGUGUGAACAAGCAACUUUGGAACAUUUCGAGGGCCAAGCUCCAGACAAUUUACUCUAGCGGUGCGUGCGUGAAAGAGGCCGAAGUAAGACGCUCAAGAAACAGAUUUCUCAGCUUCUUCUGUCUGAAAAGAUAAAUGAAAAUUUCAGCUUGAAGAUAUUAAAAUCUGGACUCUAAGGCUUGAAAUCAAGUGGAGUUUUCCUCCACUUGAUUGACCCUGUAGUCUGAACUCUGAAAUAUCAGAUGUGACGCCUGUGGACUCUGCAGCAUUGAUCCUUGCUGUAGAGUGCACAGUGCUGGUAUCGAUGAGCCGUCCUCUUCUCUGCUUCUUUUCCUCUGCGGCUCCGAUGCGGUCAGGUCGGACAGCGGCUAUGCAUCUCUGCUUCAUGUUUCUUUAUUUCAUGUCAGAUUAAUUAUUCAGCAUUCUCAUACAGUGGCUUGGGGGGACACAAGGAGUAAAAGUUUGGUCGACUGAACUUAACUGCUUUGAUUUUCUGCGUCCCUCGCUCCGUUGAUUUCCACAGGAAGGAAAAUAAGAAGCUUUUUCUGCAGCGUGAACACGUGUGCGUCCUCCUGCUGUAAGCUCUGUGAUAGAGCGAAUACUUCCUGACCCUUCCCUGCCUCACUGAAGAAUGCAUCAUGUCUAGAACUCAAGAGGGUAGAACCAGAAUCUGAACCAGAUCACAUUUACACCCUGGCCAUGCUGGACGCUGCUGCUGCAGAGCUCCUUGUUGAAUGAACUGCUGCAGAAACAGUUCACAUUAUUCUCUCUUCUCUUUUGGAUGUUUAAAGUCCCGUAUGGUGGCCUGCUGGAGACACUGGAUGUUUGUGUUUCUGUGUAUUUAUUGCUUUAACAUGAAUCAGGGACUCUGCAGCAGCUGCCUGUGUUGUUCUGCCGUCAUGCCACUCAGAGGAAGACGUUUCUCUUCUUUUGUUUCUGAUGCAAUGUAACUUUGGGCGGCUGUGUCCUUUCAGAAGAACGGUAAAAUGACUGUAGUAGUUUCUUUCUCCCCUCCCUCCUCUUCCUCGUCCUCGUCCUUCAGCGCUCCGAACACAAGCCGACAUUGUGAGUUGUACGUCAUUUAUUAUAUCUUGUAAAUAACCAAAUGGAUGUUCUCGCUCUGUAAAAUAUUUAUGCUCUUCACUCGGGGUACUACAGAAAACGUAGAAAAAAAUAAAAGCAGAGAACACAGAAA